AUGCGAGGUUUCAACAAAACCACUGUGGUUACACAGUUCAUCCUGGUGGGUUUCUCCAGCCUGGGGGAGCUCCAGCUGCUGCUUUUUGUCAUCUUUCUUCUCCUAUACUUGACAAUCCUGGUGGCCAAUGUGACCAUCAUGGCCGUUAUUCGCUUCAGCUGGACUCUCCACACUCCCAUGUAUGGCUUUCUAUUCAUCCUUUCAUUUUCUGAGUCCUGCUACACUUUUGUCAUCAUCCCUCAGCUGCUGGUCCACCUGCUCUCAGACACCAAGACCAUCUCCUUCAUGGCCUGUGCCACCCAGCUGUUCUUUUUCCUUGGCUUUGCUUGCACCAACUGCCUCCUCAUUGCUGUGAUGGGAUAUGAUCGCUAUGUAGCAAUUUGUCACCCUCUGAGGUACACACUCAUCAUGAACAAAAGGCUGGGGUUGGAGUUGAUUUCUCUCUCAGGAGCCACAGGUUUCUUUAUUGCUUUGGUGGCCACCAACCUCAUUUGUGACAUGCCUUUUUGUGGCCCCAACAGGGUUAACCACUAUUUCUGUGACAUUGCACCUGAUAUCAAGUUAGCCUGCACUGACACCCAUGUGAAAGAGCUGGCUUUAUUUAGCCUCAGCAUCCUGGUAAUUAUGGUGCCUUUUCUGUUAAUUCUCAUAUCCUAUGGCUUCAUAGUUAACACCAUCCUGAAGAUCCCCUCAGCUGAGGGCAAGAAGAAGGCCUUUGCCACCUGUGCCUCACAUCUCACUGUGGUCUUUGUCCACUAUGGCUGUGCCUCUAUCAUCUAUCUGCGGCCCAAGUCCAAGUCUGCCUCAGACAAGGAUCAGUUGGUGGCAGUGACCUACACAGUGGUUACUCCCUUACUUAAUCCUCUUGUCUACAGUCUGAGGAACAAAGAGGUAAAAACUGCAUUGAAAAGAGUUCUUGGAAUGCCUGUGGCAACCAAGAUGAGCUAACAAAAAAUAAUAAUAAAAUUAACUAGGACAGUCACAGAAGAAGAAAUCAAAGGCAUAAAAUUUUCUGACCUUUAAUGCAUGUCUCAGACAGUGUUCCCAAGGAUUAAGACUACUGUUGCCUUUUUAUUUUCUCCUAUUCCAAAAAGAAAAAAAAUGCAAGUUAAUCUACACUCCAUAUUGUCCGAUGUCUAGUUAAAAAAAAAGAAUUCACACUUGGCAAAAAGAGAAAAGCAUGAGAGUUUUUCAAGGAAAGACACAACCAAAACAAAUAUAAGGACAAGAAUUGCUUUUCCAGUUGGAGAGACAGAACAGAGUCUGAAGUGGCUGGGAGCAUUUUUAUCCGGGACACAGGCAUUCAUCUAGUAAUACAUUCAUCUGUGUACCAAGUCCCAUUCAAAGAGGAAAAAUUAAAAUGAACAAAUGUAUAGUUUAUGGUGGUUGGGACUGGUUAGGUGAAAAGAUGAACACUGAAAAAAAUAUGAUAAUGCAAGAUAAUCAGAUCAGUUAAAAGAAUAUAAAUAAAAGUUAUGAGAAUCAAAGGAACGAGUAUUUAUUCCAUCUGAAAGAGAAAAAGAUUUAGAAUAAGUGGGAUGAAAAGAAGGGAGAGAAAAUUUAAACUGGGCCUUAAAUGGAGAACAAGAUAUUAAUACUAAGAAACUGGGUUUUACAGUGACAAAAAUGUUAGUCGAUAUUAUCAGAAUUGUUGAUAAUUCUAGAUUUUUAUUAUGUUAAUCCUAAGUUAAACAUUAUUUUUAUUUAUAGUUCUUGUUUUGUUUUCACUUAGCUAUAUGUUUAAGUCUUUCAGAUCAUGUAAUUUUAUUUAAUAAUAGACUAAAAACAAACAAUAAUGACAUCCUCAUGCUUGAUGAUCAAAUAGAACACAGUGCUCUGAAGAGGCAAAAAUGGCCAUAAUCUCUAUGAUGAUCAUAGUGUAAUACUUAUAAGAACCUAACAUUUUAUUGAUUACAAUAAUAUAAUUUGAAUUAUAAACACUGAUCAGGAUUGAUUUUAAAUCUAAACUAUUAUUUUCAAGCUACAUAAUUUAAGAAAUGUUAUUUAAAAUAUUAAAACUGAUGAGCCUUGAAUUUUUUCAUCUGGACAACUAAGAUUUCUUUUUGAGUAAAUAUGUGAACUAUCUCAUUCUCACAGUGCUUGGAUUCUAGUUGAGGAAGUCAAUUACUGUUAAUGAGAUCCUUGUUCUGCCCAGAGACUAAUCCAUACUAGAAUUAAAAUGUGCUGAUUUGUUAAAAUUAUGUUACAUCUCACAAAUGAAAAGCUGAAAUAUCAUUAUUUGUAUGACUGUAAAAAUUACAUGUAAAUUUCUUUUGAGACAGGGUUUCACUCCCGUCACCCAGGCUGGAGUGCAGUGGCUCCAUCUUGGCUCACUGCAGCCUCCACCUCCCAGAUUCAAGCUAUUCUCGAGCUUCAGCCUCCCGAGUAGCUGGGACCACAGGCGCCCACCACCAUGCGCGGCUAAUUUUUGUAUUUUUUGUAGAGAUGGGGUUUCACCAUGUUGGCUAGGCUGGUUUCAAACUCCUGUCCUCAAGAGAUCUGCCUGCCUCACCCUCCCAAAGCGCUGGAAUUACAGGAGUGAGCCACCGCCCCUGGCCAAAAUAUUUUUAUAUAACAAACUAAACAGCAUGCUCUCUUCCCUCCGUAAAGCACCCUGACUGAUUUUCAUGGCACAAUGAACACUUAAGGUUUAAUAGAUUACUUUCUAUUGUGCCUGCAUAUUUCUGCCCCUACAAGUUGGGGUGGGGCUUGGGGGUUGUGCUCAAAACCACUUCUAACAGUUGUAUUUAUUAUUCUAUUUAUUCUACUUGGAAAAUGUAAUUUUGUACUAUGUAAACUAAUAAAGUAUGAUUGCAAAAAAAUCAUCUGUUUUUAAUACAGCCAGGUGAGUAUUUUGGAAAGACUAAA